UAGACCAAAGCCGUAAUGUAGAUAUGUUGGUAAUGUUGAGUUAAAUAUCUUUAUUAUCUUCUUGUGAAAACAGUUUCUUAUUUUAAUAGAUCAACAUCUCUAAUGCCACAUAAGAGUAAUGGGGAAAAUUGAGUGGGCAAUGUGGGCUAAUGAGCACGCAUUAGCAAGCAGUUUUGUAAUGGCUUUAGAUGGCAUCCUAGCAGUUGCAGGACAAUUUAAAUUGUGGGAAAUCGGUGCUUAUGCAAUUGCAGCUGGAAUUUUUACAUUUAUUUUAGAAUAUCCAAGAGGGAAGAGAUCACAUGGGACAUCUCACCCAAGGAGAUUCCAGUAUCCAUUUGCUCUUAUUGUUAGACAAGGCAGGCUACUGACCCGCAACUAUUUUGUUAGAUUUGUCUUUUAUUUAGCCAUUGCUGUUCCAUGUUGUUUUAUGCUGCCAACUUUACUGGGAGCCCUUUGCUACAUGUUAACAAGUUUUAUUUAUUUAGUUGCUGGGAUUAAAGGUGAAGAAUGGCUACUCAUUGAACCUGAGAAGAAAUCAGAGGGCCCAAAAAUCAUUGAAGCUCCUACAAGACCUCCACCAAGAACUCCAGACAUCUCCCAUAGACAGGCAGUAUUGACAGUGGGCAGUCAAAACAGAGUCUAAUAACUAAUGAUAUGGUUCAUUUGAUAAUUACUUGUCCUGAUAUAUGAUUGAAAAAUGUUAAAAUGUUUGGCUUAACCCCCUUCCUUCUCAGAUAUUAUAAUUAAAAUAUUGUCUUUACAUCUUCAUUUUCUAGUAACUAUAAUCAAAGAAAAAAACAGUUGAGCUCUUCAUGAGAUUUUAAAACUUUUAACAUAAAUAUUACCCUCUUUUCGUUCUAGAGGUAUUGAGGGUGAAGUUGAAUACAGUCUUAACAUAAUUUAUACAUUUCACUAUGCAUGCUUUUUAAUGUUUAUUGAAAAGUAUUUAUUCAUAUCAUAUGUAUAAAUAAAAACUUUUGCCAUAUAUUCACUGUGAUACUGUCUACACAUUUAUCAAAUGUUAGAAAAAUUGCAUUAGCUGAAGUUUAAUUGUUAACAAAAAAGAGAAGAAAUCCCAGGAUUAAUUUAUUGUGCUAUUAUUUUUUCUUUCAUUAUUUUGUAUGAAUUAUUUUUAUAUAAAAAGAGUAAAUUAUUUGCGGUGUAGUUUCUUAUAUUUUUGUAAUAAACUUGUUUUUUAAAAAAUGAAAUCAGCAGAUGUUUUGAUUAUUGUUCUUGGUGGGAUAUUAGUAAUUUAUACACCUUAUCAGCAUAAUACUGAGCCCAAACCACAGUGAUAGGAUUGUUUAGCACUGUGUAGGUAAAUAAAGUGGCAUACUAAGCACACUUUCAACUUGUAUAGAAUGAAAUGAUGAUUUACAUUCCAUUUUUUGUGCCUUACACCUUUUUUAUACAAAUGAACAAAUUCUGCACUUAUUGUUUUUAUGAUGUAACAUGGGAAGCAUUGAACAGUGAUUUAAAAAUUGACUUGAAGCGAAAAGUAUUGUGGGUCAUUUUUAAUUAUUGUAUUCAAGACAUAGCAACUAAUCAAUGUUUGAUAUACUUUAUUGCAAUUAUUGAUGACAUAUUUAACAAUAUAUAAUAAAUAAUACCACAGUUU